UUUCGGAAGAGACUGAAAGGAAAACACACGGCGAUAUCAGAAAACACCGCAAUUGUUAAAUCGCUACUGUUAAUCAUAUUGUGCUGUCAAAUGUUUUUAAUUGACAUUUUUUGAUUGUCGCUAUCGGCCAGUGUAGAGAUUUGUGCAAAAGUUGUUUAUAAUUGGUAAACGCAUGCUACCUGGCAUAAUAAUAUAGUGGCUUGUAUAGUGAUUGAUGGUAGCAAAGGUACGCUAAACGUAGACCAAAAUUUCUGUGCAUUGGCUUAUGUGUGUGAUAAUUGCCCUUAAAGUUCUCAUUAUUGUGUGUGUACAGAAACAUUGAUAUUUCAAGUGCCGGUGCGAUGCGUAAAACUCGUUCUCAAACUCAGGCGGAGGCCGCAAUGGCAAAUGCGGGACGUACGACUUCCACAUCCAAUUCACCAUCCAUUGUUUCAUCGACGGAGAACAGUGGGGCACAAAACAUGAGCACGAGUAAUCGCAUGCCUCAAAAUAUCCAGAUUGCUGCCGUAAGUGCACAAAAGCGUAUUGUGCAACAAACGGAGCAUUUCAAAAUCAAGGAAUGUGAGGAAAUGAUAAAUUUGCUUCGCGUAGUAGAGCUGCAACAGAUACUAACAUUUUUGAAUAUUUCGUUUUCUGGGCGUAAAAUUGACUUACAACGGCGCAUCAUUAAUCUAUUACAUACAAACUACGACUUAUUGUCUCAUAAAAUACGUGAAGUUUACGCACAAUCAAUUGCAGAGCAGCAAGCUCAGCAGUACGGGCCAACAGAUCCAAAAAGGAUGUAUUCACACAUGCAAAUGCCACAAGUGCAACCCAAUCCAGCAGCUGGUCUGCCUAAUGCCGGUCAACCAACAGCUGUUGGUGCCCAACCAAUCGCCGGUGUACCGCCGACUGGGCCCGGCGUUGCCAACAAUAUGGUACCGUUUAUGAAUCCCAUACCCACACAUAUACCGAUACAUCCAGACGUACGUCUUAAGAAACUAGCUUUUUAUGAUGUACUGGGUGUGCUGAUUAAGCCUUCAUCACUUGUGCCGCGCAAUACACAGCGUAUACAAGAGGUGCCCUUCUAUUUUACAUUGACACCACAACAGGCCACAGAGAUUGCAUCAAAUCGAGACAUACGAAACAGUAAUAAGAUUGAGCAUGCCAUACAGGUUCAGCUACGUUUCUGUCUAUUGGAAACCUCAUGCGAACAAGAGGACUGUUUCCCGCCCAGUGUCAGUGUAAAGGUCAACAAUAAGUUGUGCCAACUGCCGAAUGUCAUUCCAACAAACAGACCGAAUGUGGAACCAAAACGACCACCUCGCCCCGUCAAUGUUACAGCAAAUGUAAAGCUUUCGCCUACAGUUACCAACACAAUCACAGUACAAUGGUGCCCGGAUUAUACGCGUGGCUAUUGCAUUGCCGUAUACUUGGUGAAGAAGCUCACUUCAGCGCAAUUAUUGCAUCGCAUGAAGACUAAGGGCGUCAAACCAGCCGACUACACGCGCGGUUUAAUUAAAGAGAAACUCACUGAAGAUGCAGAUUGCGAAAUCGCUACAACAAUGCUUAAAGUUUCACUGAAUUGUCCGUUGGGCAAGAUGAAAAUGUCCAUACCAUGCCGUGCAUCGACUUGCUCGCAUUUACAAUGUUUUGAUGCAAGUCUUUACCUGCAGAUGAACGAGCGUAAGCCUACAUGGAAUUGUCCAGUGUGCGAUAAGCCAGCCAUUUACGAUAAUCUGGUCAUUGAUGGCUACUUUCAAGAGGUGCUCGCCUCAUCGCUACUUAAACCCGACGAUACGGAGAUACAAUUACAUAAAGAUGGCUCAUGGAGCACACAUAGUUUACGUAAUGAGGCUCAAAUAAUCGAUACGCCGACAAAGCCGGUUGAAAAAGUCGAAGUCAUUUCGGAUGAUAUCGAGGUCAUCACCACAGAGGAUGUGAAAAUGGUUAAAGCUGGCGCACCACCUGCCAUCGCUAAUGAUCAGCCCACAUCAACAACAAAUAGUGAAACGGUGGAUUUAACCCUCAGCGAUUCCGAUGACGAUAUGCCGCUGGCCAAGCGGCGUCCCACCAUCAAGCAAACUUCAGCUGUUAGCGCUCCAAAUGCGGCGGUGUCCACAUCUAAUAUUAACGGCAGCGGCAGCGGCAAUGGCAAUGCUGCUGGUAACGGCGGUCCCAAUGCCAGUCAGCGCAAUGCUUUUCAACCGCCACGAACUGCACAACAAAAGGAAAUGGUCGAGGAGAAUGAACAAAAUUUUCAAUGUUUAGAACUUACCGAUUCAUCGCCCAGUAUACAUACCGUCGAUACCAGAACCGAGCUGUACAGCGAUGCACUGACUCAACAACAACAACAACAAUACUACGCACACGAACACCGCCAGCAGCAACAACAACAACAGCAAAUGCAAAGUAAUCGCCGCGGUAGCAGCGUAAGUAGCGGCGCAAGUGUAUCUUCUAAUUCGGCUGCCACAUCAACGCUAACUACGAACGCUAUGGAGUCCACAUCGGCUGCACCCAACGAGCCAGAACCGUAAAUUCCAUACGGAUGUUGUGUUAAAUUUUUGGUAUUUCAUAUAUGUACAUACUUUGUAUGUUUUUGCAUGAGCUGUGUUUAUAUAUACAUACAUAUUCUUAUGUAUAUUGUAUGUAAAUGCAGAAAGUUGUUAUAGCAAAUGAUGGGUGAACUUGCACGAUAGUUUCCUUUGUAUAAUGUGUAAAAAAAACUACUAGGUAAUUCCAAUUUUAGACUAUAUACUUUCUGAGUCGUGUAACCGAUUUUAAUUUAGUUAUUGGCUUGGGGGAAAACUUUCAGUAAAAUUUGUUUGAAUAAAUUUUUCGAAAAAAGUCUCCCUACUGCUGUUCAACGUCAACCUUUAGAACGAAGUAUUUUUUGUGGAGUUGUGUUUUCGCUCGGACACCAUUUACAUUAGUUGAUGGUAAAAAUCCUCGAUUUCAUGCAACAUUGUUCGGUAAAAAAAAUUUCCAUAGCAAAUCAUGCAAUUUCCCAACAUUUCUAUAUAAGCUUUACUGCAGACUUUCGAAGCUUUGUGGUGGGAAUGUCUGAAAUUUACCAUAUUGGUCCUGAAAUCAAGUGAUUUUCGCCAAAAAUCAAUCAAAAAUAAUUACAAAGUGUUUUUCCUUCCAACAGUUGCUUGUACUUGAAGCUGCAGAAUUCUGUAUCAUCGAUAUGAACUGUUGAAAGUUUCGUGUAGGUUGCCAUUCAAGAAAUCACUCCAAAAUAUAAUUUUAUAUUUUUAUGCCAAAAGUUGCUUCAAUUGUCGGUAAAAUUAAAAAAAAUUCAACUUAAAUAAAAUUUAUCCACUUUUUGAUCACCUUUAUCUUGUGCAAACUAUUUUCUAUGAGAUUUAAAAGUUUUAACUUAACUAAAUAGUUGCGUAUGUUUCACAGAAACUUUAUAGAUAAUUUAAUUGUAAAAGUAUGCAGUAAGAAUAAGACACAAAAUAGUAAACUUUUAACUUAAACUCAAACUCGAAAAAAAAAAAAUACAAACUAUAGUUUAGGAUGUUAUGUAACUUAUAAGUAAUGCAGAAAUUAAUUUAAGACACAAAUAUUUAACACGUUAGGCCUAAAACAUAGAGCAGCAUUAAGAGAACAAAAGUACACUUAGCAAGCAAGCACGCUUUUAUGCGCGUUGCUCUCAUCAUUGUUGAUCUUUCGCUGCGCUAUGUUUGAGGUCUUAAUACUGGAGGAUUGAGAGAGACCUUUUAGCCUAUGCUUUCGAAUUUUAGUUAUGUUAUAUUAGAAACAGGUGCCGUUAUGAUUGCUAAAAAGCAAAUUUUGUUAAAGGCGCCUAAAAAUACGCAGCUGAAAGUGGCGUAAACUCCUAAAUGUAUGCAAUAUAAUUAGACAUUGUUUUCGCACACUCUUUUCACCAUAAUUUUCAUUAUAUUUUAUUAUGAUUA